UGCGUCCACUCGUCCACUUGUGCGUUGUUUUGUUUUGAUUUCUACAGGCUGCGAAAGUCAGUCGGGUGAGGUGGCUGGGUUCAUCUGUAUUGAACAUUAAAUAUAAACUGCUAUCGGGGCUGCAAGUCAGCUGGCUGCAAGUUGGCCUGCGUAAUGCUGUCGUACCACUCAUCGGACGUAAAGGUUACUGGAGUUCAUUGAAGUCUGCGGCUCUCAGACACUGCUAACUUUAGGCGUGAACACUUCUUUCUCUCUUUGUUAAAAUCUGUAAACCGACGAGGCCAAGCAGCACACCGACGAGGUCUGUAGUACUGGCUGACGGACCGUGUAAACGCGGCUUGUAAAAGGAUCCACCGUGGUUGGUCGUCGUGUAUAGAGAGGAGCCUACUCCGCUCUCCAGGCUCCUCAGCCAUGGCUCUGCUGGCCUACCUGAAGAGCCUGUUCAUCCUGCAGUUGCUGAUGGGCUUUGUGUUUGUGGUGAGCGGCCUCAUCAUAAACUUCAUCCAGCUCUGCACGUGCAUCCUCUGGCCGAUCAACAAACAGCUGUAUCGCAGAAUCAACUGCCGGCUCUCCUACUCCCUCUGGAGUCAGCUGGUGAUGCUGCUGGAGUGGUGGUCGGGCACAGACUGCACCCUAUACACCGACCAGGCUACGGUGGACAAGUUUGGCAAAGAGCAUGUCAUCGUCAUCCUUAACCACAACUUUGAGAUCGACUUCCUGUGUGGCUGGACCAUGUGUGAAAGAUUUGGCAUUCUAGGGAGUUCAAAAGUGCUAGCCAAACAUGAGCUACUGAAGGUUCCUCUGAUUGGCUGGACCUGGUACUUCCUAGAAAUAGUCUUCUGCAAAAGAAAGUGGGAAGAGGACCGAAAGACUGUAUUCAAAGGACUGAGCAGGCUCAAAGACUAUCCUGAAUGUAUGUGGUUUCUGCUGUAUUGCGAGGGCACCCGCUUUACAGAGACGAAGCACCAAAUCAGUAUGCAGGUUGCAGAGAGUAAAGGUCUGCCCAAGCUCAAAUACCACCUGCUACCCCGAACCAAAGGAUUCACCACCACACUGCAGUGUCUUAAAGGCACAGUAAAAGCUGUGUAUGAUGUGACUCUCAACUUCAAAGACAACCAAACUCCCACUCUCCUGGGCAUCGUCAACGGCAAGCAAUACAAAGCUGACAUGAGUGUACGGCGGUUCCCUGUGGAGGAUAUACCAGACGAUGAGCGGGAGUGUGCCAGUUGGCUGCACAAGCUCUACCAGGAGAAGGAUGCUUUGCAGGAAACCUACAACAAGGAAGGCAAGUUCCCCGGACCCACAAUAAUCCCACACCGCAGGCCAUGGACGCUCCUGAACUUCCUGUUUUGGGCCACACUGCUGCUUUCGCCUCUCAUCAACUUUGCUUGUGGAGUGGCCGUCAGUGGCUCCCCCCUCCUCAUCAUUGGCUUUAUCAUCUUCCUCAUCAUAGCCUCUGUAGCUAUCCGCCGCCUCAUAGGGGUCACAGAGGUGAAGAAAACAGGUUCCAGUUAUGGCAACCCGGAGGCCAAGAAACAAAACUAAAGUGUGUCACGCCCCCCUCCGUGUACGGCCGUUUCUGUUCGGUCGCCCUGCGGUGUCUCACCCCUACCCAACUCCAUUCUCCUUUUACUGUCGAGUCAGUUGGCAGACCGGGGAGGAGACCCAGCUGUGAAAACAUAAUAGAGAUCAGAGUUAGAAAUACUAAUGGCAUUAGACUGAGUGAGAGAGAGCAUGAAAGGUCUGGGGUUCAAGUUCUCUGGUGUAACACAGAACAUGAAGGGGGGAGAUGCAGUACUGUAUUCACCUGCAUCUUUCGUAAUCAGCUCGCGACCCGCUGUCCCCAUUCAAGUCCCAUUAAAUCCCGGUAACACCCAAGGUUAAGCUCCUAACCUCUCUGAGGUCACCUGGACCCAUUUCCUGCUCUGAGCUACCUACCUCCACUUCCUGUCAGUCAUCAGUCAAUCAGGGAGUGGUGACGUGCUCAUUCUCCUGGCCCACAGAACACGAUCCGCAUCUUAUCUCAAAUAUUAACCUCCAUCCAGGGGCAGUGCGUUUCUGCAACAGCAGUCUGUAACAUGCAGGACAUUUCUCCCUUUUUCUUUCCUCACUAAGUGGGACUUGUAAUGGGAACCGGUGCCUUGAGGCCCAGCCUGGUUUCCUUAAUCUUAAAGGGUUGUUUCACCCAAAUCACAAAAACAUUUACCAUUCAACUUCUCUGUAUCUGGCCACAGCCACUUCUAAUGCCACCGGAGUGCAAUGUAGGUGAAUGAAAAUGUUGUCUAUGGCGCUCAAAUUGUGAAAACUUAACAGCAGUGUGUCUUUGUUGAGGUCUUUGUUACGUUGGGUAAUUUAUGACGAAUGUAAAAACAGAAAACUAGUGAAGCUGACCACAUCGACAGCAUUGGAUUUUCCCAACAGCACAUUGUUUCUGGAAAGAGAGACAUUGCUCUUGAGUUUAAUAAUUUUAACACCAUCAAUGACGUUGUGUUGGAUUAGCAGCAGAAGUCUCAAAAUAUAAAUCCCACAUUUGCAUGGCGAGAUACCGCAGGGGUUCAAUGGUAAAAUCCUUUUUAUUUUAUUUUUAUUUUGUGAUCUUGGUGAACUGACCCUUUAGCGUCUUGGUUUGAAGAGGCUGGUGUCUGUUAAACUACAUCAAGGGCUCCGAAUGUGAAAACUGUCCCUAUCAAGGAAACUACCAUCUGUUAAAGGUCUCAUUUGUAACCAGCGGCACCAACACCCACAGACUCAUUGUGACACAUUUCAAUUCUUUUCCAGUUUUUAUUCCUGUUUUCAUUUGCUUUACACGAAUCGGAAUUUUCAUACAUGUUAUUUUUCUUAUUAAAAACAAUAAUUGGACUCUUUCUGACCCCCGAGAUAUGUGAAUUGUUAAUUCAAGCAGCAAAUCCCAGUCCAAACACUGAAGCAGUUCAACCUACCACCUCCUCUCCUCUCCUCCCCUCUGACAGUCGACGACGCACACUGUUCAUGUGACUGUCGAUUGGCAGUGAAACCAGAAUCCAGAACAAAGUCACCAACUCUCUUCAUGUAGCCUCACAGCUGUUAGCAUAUUAUUUUGCUGUCCAGAUAUAGACUGUGCGUUAGUGAUGUUUUAACCUUUGCCUUAAAUCAAGCUUGCUCAGGCAAGGGAUUGCUUAUUCGCCACCCCUUUAAAUAAAAUAAAAAGCACCCACCUCUUUACCUCUAUGUUAUGUUUGAAUAUCCAUCCUCCUCCUCUCAUCAUAGUGCGUCAUGGGAGUAGUGUGCAUUCAUUUGGUCUGAUUGCCAAAGUGAAUGAGUAAUUUAAUACCAUUUUUUAAAUCUGUGGAAAGCUAGAAAGUUGUUGGUUUGUUCAAGGCGUCUUCGUAACUACAUUGUCAUUAGUUUAAAAGAAAGCUGCUUCCACACUACGUGCAGGCAGCUUUUGUUUCUCUGGAUGUGUCGGUACACUCGCAGUUGUACAUCAUUUACCAUUUUAAAGAUCGAAUAUCUCAGAGCUUUUUAACGGUAACCAAUUAAAAACGGUGGCUGCUGCAGUACAUCGAGUGGAUCUAUUCCAGUGUUACGAGCCACAUUUCCUGGUCCAAAAGGCAAACAAUGGUAGCAAGACAUAGAGGGGAUAUUUUGUCCUGCUCUCUCCUCCCCUCCCUCGAUCCCUCCCACACCAUGUGUAGUAUUAAUCAUAUUUUGAGUUGUUGGUUUAAUUUUUUUUGUUGUUUUUUUUGGGGGGGGGGUCAUCACUCCUCAGCAGCAGUAUGUUGUGUACUUCCUCUUUCUAUAGAGAUAUCUCAACCCAGACAGAUUUCAUGCAAGCCUUAAUAGACAGUGCUGCUUAAUUUUUUUGUGUGAAAAUGUAGACGCUUACUGAGCACCUGUGGUAGUGAAGGGUUGAAAGAUGUCCUCCGGUAUAGCAAGCGAGUUGCUGGGAUUAGUUGCCAAGUAGCUUGUUCUAAAAGUUUUUAACAAUAAAGAAUUAAAGAUUAAUGAGAAUGGAUAAAGUCUGCUCUUGUGUACAAAGAGCUCUGUUCAUAAAUCAAUUCACAUUUUUUACAAGAAGAGUUGUUUUACCUCAAACAUUUGUUAAAAGCUUUAGUAUCUUUAGCUUGUUAUCCUGUUUUUCUGUUCGAUCCCAACAUACACAUCAGAUAAUGCAGUCCCACUCAUCCUGUCAUUCAGUAAAACAAAAUCAUAUUCCAGAAGCAGAAAGGAUCCUGAGAAGUAUUUGGAAAAACUUUUUACACUGGAUGUUUUUUAUUCAGUAAAAGAAACAAUAAAUGUAACUUGUGGUUGUUGUUUUUUUCUUCUGAAGUCUCGAAUGGAAUCAAAUAACGUUACAAAUUUACACCACUUUUCUUUUUUAAAUCCUAAAGAUAAUUCAGUUAGUGGCACGUCUUGCGUCAGCUUUUGUUUUGUUUUCUAAGGCUAUUUUUAUGUUUUCUUCGAUUAAAAAACACUUGAGAAUAUUAAAGAAUUUAAUCACAAAGCAA